AUGAGUUUCUUUGGUCAAAAUUCGGGCGCAAAUAACAGCCAGAACACAGGAACAACGAACUCCACGCCUGCGGCAGGCAGUUUCUUUGGGCAACCACCAGCAGCUGGAGCAGGAGCAUCUGGAGGCAAUCUCUUCGGCGGUGGUGGUUCAGCCUUUGGUGCGAAGCCGGCAGGAGGAGGUCUCUUUGGCUCUAGCAACACCUCAAACUCUUCCGCUCCUAGUGGCGGCCUCUUUGGAGGCGGCUCCAGCAACCCAGCACCAGGAGGCGGAUUGUUCGGAUCGUCAACCACCACUAACACAUCCGCUCCCGGCGGCGGUAUCUUUGGCAACAACACCAACGCGUCCUCUACUGGAGCCCCCGCGGCAGGCUCGGCGGCCGGCUCGGCGGCCCCUCCUGGCGGGUUGUUCGGCGGGAGUGCAUUCGGCGGUGGUGCAUUUAACAGCGGCGCGCUUGGCGUGGUCCCUCCCUCAAGCACCACGAACGCACCAACAACAGGGACGAAUGCGGGGGCGACGGGCGGCAGCGCGUUUGGCGGCGGUGCGUUUGGCGGCGGCGCGUUCGGCUCGACUCCUGCCUCGAAUACGGCAAAUGCACCAGCAGCAGCGGGGAAUACGGGUGCGACGGGCGGACUCUUCGGUGGCGGCGCGCCGAGCGGUGGGCUUUUUGGUGCGAAGCCUGCUACGCCCGCUGCUGGGGCCGCGCCUCAGGCGGGCUCAUUGUUUGGCGGCGGUGCUGCGCCUGCUGCUGGCGGAGGCUUGUUUGGAGGCGGAGGGGCGACGAACACCACUGGCGCGGCCGGAGCGACGAAUACCAGUAGCAGUACGCCGUUCGGCGGGGCUCCGUCUGGGGGUCUGUUUGGCGCGAAACCCGCGGACCAAACCUCCUCGACACCGGCUACUGGGGGCGGACUCUUCGGUGGUCUGCCUCCCAAACCUGCAGACCCGCAAGGCACCACCGCUGCACCCAGCGCAGGCGCGGCGCCAGCUGCAGGUGCGGCUCCGGCAGCGCCCUCAGGUGGUCUGUUCAGCGGCGGACUUUUCGGAGCCAAGCCACCAACAUCGACCGCUACGCCUGCAGCUGGCGCGACUGGUACCGCUCCUGCUGCACCUACAUUGCCCGCCUUCAAUCUCGGGGGUAACAAGGAUACGUCCACAACUGCAGGCGCUACUAGCGGCGCAGCGCCGAGUCUGUUCGGGGCCAAGCCAGAAGAAAAGAAAGAUGGGGCAGCAGCACCUGCAGUUGCACCGUUCAACCUCUUUGGAGAUAAGAAGGCCGCUACGGCUCCGGCCACGGGCGCGACUGCACCGGCCGCUGACAAGCCCAAAGAUGGUGCCACAGCCACUGCACCGAACGCUUGUGCCCCGGGCGCGUCAGCAGCCCCCGGAGCUCCCACUAUCGCCGUCCCGCCUCCAUCGAUGUUGCGCGGUAAGACCAUCGAGGAGAUUGUGAACAGGUGGUCGAGCGAGCUGGAGACGCACGUCCGCGAGUUCACGAAGUUCGCGGGCGAGGUCGCUGUGUGGGACCGAGCGCUGAUCGAGAACGGGAACAACCUCGCCCGGUUGUACGCUACGGUUCUCGCGGCUGAGCGGGAACAGAACGACAUCGACCAGUCGCUCGACCACAUCGAGCAGCAGCAGAAGGACCUCGCCUCGACCCUCGACGCGUAUGAGAAGUCGACGGAGGAGAUCCUCGGCGGCCAGGGCAGCAGUCUCCGCGCGCUCGACACCGGCCCCGCCGACACCGAGCGUGACAAGAACUACAUGCUCGCAACAGAGCUGCACGGGCACCUCGACGACCUCUCCGGCUCGCUCAUGCAGAUGAUCGACUCCGUGAACGGGCUCUCUUUACCCGCGGGCGGCGCUCAGGGCGGGCAGGCGCAGGACGGCGGCGAGGACGCGAUCGGGCAGAUUGCGCAGAUCCUGAGCAGCCACCUCGAGAGCCUGCAGUGGAUCGACGGCGCGGUGCGCGAGCUGGACACGAAGGUGACGGACGUGGAAAAGCGCGUGCGGGCGUCCACGGAUGGGGGGCUGGGCGGGAGCACGAAGUCGCGCGGGUAUGGGCUGGGCCGAUGA